AUGUCUUCGAAUACUAAUUCACCCGCAGAUAUGAAUAGCGUAACAGCAAAUUCAAGUCCGACAGAAGGUGUAAUGGAACAAUAUUUUGUGCUUGAACGUAAGGCGAGAUCGUACUUUACUUUAGCUGAAAUUAGCCAGAGCCAACAGAUACGAGGACUUUCGAAUUCUAAAGAGAACAAAUCACGUGCACAAUGGUGUAGUUUUAUUGUUGCUGUUGGGAAUAAAUUGGGAUU